AUGAUUGUUUUGAUAAGUAGAGUCGUUGUUUAUGUGUAUCAAUCGUUCUGGAACGGCGUGCACUUUACGAUGUUGCGUGCUGCCCUAUCUCAACGUUUCGCCGGCUCCGUCUGCAAGUCCGUCAUUCGUGGCUUGGCUAAGGAUGUGAAGUUCGGUGCCGAGGCUCGUGCUGCAAUGCUUGUUGGCGUCGACAUUCUUGCCGACGCAGUCGCCGUUACGAUGGGUCCUAAAGGCCGCAACGUCAUUCUAGAAAGUCAGUGGCGUUCACCAAAAAUCACCAAGGAUGGGGUUACAGUUGCAAAGGGAAUAGAACUGAAGGAUAAAUUCCAGAACAUUGGUGCCAAGCUUGUGCAGGAUGUUGCUAACAACGCAAAUGAGGAAGCUGGUGAUGGUACGACUACUGCUACGGUGCUUGCUCGUGCUAUUGCCAAAGAGGGUUUCGAGAAGAUAAGCAAGGGCGCAAAUCCUAUUGAAUUCCGUCGGGGUGUGAUGAUGGCCGUUGACGUUGUCGUUAAGCAUUUGAAGGAAAUGUCAAGGCCCGUUACUACCCCCGAAGAAGUUGCUCAAGUUGCAACUAUCUCUGCAAAUGGUGACACCAGCAUCGGUGAUCUUAUUUCUGAUGCAAUGAAGCGCGUCGGGAACGAUGGAACGAUCACCGUCAAAGACGGUAAAACUCUGCAUGACGAGAUUGAGUUCAUUGAAGGGAUGAAGUUCGAUCGCGGUUACAUUUCUCCAUAUUUUAUUAAUACCGACAAAGGUGCUCGUUGUGAAUUCCAGGAUUGUUACGUCCUUUUCUGUGAAAAGAAGAUUAACAACAUUCAAGUUUUGGUCCCCGUUCUGGAGAUGAUUCACCAACACAAGAGGCCUCUUGUUAUAGUUGCCGAGGACGUUGAGGGUGAAGCACUUACCGCCCUUGUGUUGAACCGCUUAAAGGUCGGCCUCCAGGUUUGCGCUGUUAAAGCGCCAGGCUUCGGUGACAAUCGUAAAAAUACAUUGCGCGAUAUGGCAAUCGCUUCCGGUGGUGUGGUGUUUGGCGAUGAAGCCGACAUGUACAAAUUGGAAAAUGUUCAACUUCACGACCUAGGUCGUGUUGGCGAAGCUAUCAUCACGAAAGACGACACAUUGUUUAUGCGAGGUCAAGGAAAAAAGGAAGAAGUCGAGAAGCGAAUUGCACAGAUUCGGGAUGAGAUCAGUGUAAGCACCAGCGACUACGAAAAAGAGAAGAUGCAGGAGCGCGUUGCUAAGCUCUCAAACGGUGUCGCUGUUAUCAAAGUCGGUGGCAGCAGUGAGGUAGAGGUUUCUGAAAAGAAGGAUCGUUACACUGAUGCGCUUAAUUCUACGCGAGCUGCAGUAGAAGAGGGAAUAGUUCCUGGUGGUGGUACGGCCCUCCUGAGGUGUAUCCCGGUGCUCGAUGGAAUCGAAGUUAAAAACAAAGACCAACAAAUUGGUAUUGACAUAGUAAAGAGGGCUCUCGAGACCCCUGCUUAUACAAUUGCCCAUAAUGCUGGUGUCAACGCCUCAGUCGUUGUCCAGAAAAUUAUGGGAAUGAGCCAAAACGAAGGUUACGAUGCAAUGAAUGACAAGUACGUCGACAUGAUUGCUGCCGGCAUCAUCGAUCCCACAAAAGUUGUGCGUACUGCCUUGGUGGACGCCUCGGGUGUGGCGUCCCUCUUGACAACGGCCGAGGCCGUUGUGUGCGACAUUCCUAAGGAGGACAACGCCAUGCCCGGAAUGGGAGGCAUGGGCGGUAUGGGAGGAGGAAUGGGUGGCAUGAUGUAA